UCAGAGGCAGCAUGCUUCUGAAAACCAGUUGCCAAAAGCCUCAGGAGGGGAGAGUGUUCUUGCACUCGGGUCCUGCUUGCGGGCUUCCCCAAGGCACCUGGUUGGCCACUGUGAGAACAGGAUGCUGGACUAGAUGGGCCACUGGCCUGAUCCAGCAGGCUCUUCUUAUGUUCUUAUGAAAGGCCGGGGAAGGAACUGGCAAUCCCACCCCAUAUAUACCGUCUGCCUAGUAAACGUCGCAAGACGUCACCCUAAGAGUCGGAAACAACUCGCACUACAAGUGCGGGGACACCUUUAUCUUUAUCUGUCUAUCUAUCUAAAUGUAAAUGUACUGCCUUUAAGUCGAUUCCAACUUAUGGUGACCCUAUGAACAGGGUUUUCAUGAGACUGAGAGGCAGUGACUGGUCCAAGGUCACCCAGUGAGCUUCCUGGCUGUGUGGGGAUUCGAACCCUGGUCACCCAGGUAGUAGUCCAACACCUUAACCACCCCCCUCUCUACUUACAUGGUCUAGAUAUCUUAACACAUAGAUAGAAAAGAAUUAAUAUAUUUAAGUCUCACCCACUGGGACUCAGAAUUUCCAGGCAAUAAUCUGCUGGAUACAUUAGAUCAGUCCACGAAAGACUAAUCGAAAACUGCAGGAGACAUCUCUCUUUUAUAGACUCUCUUGUUUGUUGUGACUGGAACACAUAUGUAGCCAGUCCAUGUGAGGGUAGUUAAAGUCACCCUUUAUGACAACCUUUCCUCUUUUGGACUGAAAUCAUUUAAACGACCUCUUUCUUGCCCGUGCACAGGAUUGAGGGUUCUUCACCUUUUCCGUUAAGCCUAAAGCUGUUCAGAGUCCUUGUAUGUCAGCAACUGCACUCACCUGGGCUUGCACAGUUUCCAACAGCAGAGUAUCUGAACAGGCAGAUCUAAAGAGGAAGCCCCACAGAGACUUAUCUCAGGACUGAGGAUAAAUGAGGAAAAAUAAUGGCGUUCCACAGCUGAAGGAGAUUAUGCUUUUUAUUGACUACACAUUUCUAUGUGGAUAUAUGUGAGCAUACAUCAACUCUGCCCAUAGCCAGUAAAUCAGAAUUAAUAAUAUAAAUCCAUGUUUAUUAAGUAAUACAGUAUGUUAUUCAGGAAUUUCACACAAUAUACUUAUAAAGUCUACAUACAGUAUGUCUCGAGUACUUAAUUACUCUUGGAGCCCAGUAUCGCCACCCACAAUGAUUCUGACCCACCCUUCCUCUCAAAGGGGUCCUGGGCAGCCUGAUUUCUGUGUGCCUCCUCUGCAUACAUGGGAAGGGAGGGGUGGCCUCCAGGCUGAAGUUUCCUAUCAGUCUGCUGAGAAAUCCCCCAAAUUAAUUACCUGGAAUGGUUUCCAUAGUGCCACUGAGCUGAGCUUUGUGUACAGUUGCCUGUUCACAAGUGCCAGUGGGUUCCACAUACGCCUGUCUAUUCAUCACCAGGAGAUCUCCGAUCCUGCCUUUCUUGGAAUUUGGGAAGGGGCCACAGCAAUGGGUGGACAUGGAAUGCCUGGAUAAUUUAGGUUCAGAACUAACCAGCUUGUCUCUUCCUUUGAAAGAAAUAUCCAAACAGGGCUUCAUCUCUUCACUGGAAGGACAAGCUCCCAUUGGAUGGGGCGUUGAUGAAGGGGAGAUAUCUGCAGAAAUGUAUACCACAGUUGUCUGGCGGCAGGAGGAAAAAUCAGACACAUCAGGGCUUGGUGACAUCAAAUGAUACAUGGACCUGUAAGGAAUUCAUUUUGCUGUGUGGGACUGUUGAAUGUUCAGCAGAUGAUGGGCAGAAGAAUGAGAAUUAUAGGAAAUCACCGAUGGUGUCAUUGGUAAUAGCCAAGGGUGAAGCAUAAAAAGAGAUGGUUGAAAAUGACAGGAGCCCAAAACCAUCUGAAGGAAACCAGUCAAAGAAUGGGAGGAAGAAAUCCUCUACUUCUCAGAGUUUGCCUCACAGAAUGCACAGAGGAAAGAAAUCCUUUAAAUGCAGGGCAUGUGGAAAGAGCUUCUCUGUAAGCAGUAACCUUACUAAACAUCAAAGAAUACACACAGGGGAGAAACCAUUUGAAUGCAUGGAAUGUGGAAAGUGCUUCAGUGAGAACGGUACCCUUACUGUACAUAAAAGAACACACACAGGAGAGAAGCCAUUUAAAUGCAUCCUGUGUGAAAAGAGCUUCAGUCAGAACGGUGACCUUUCAUCACAUCAAAGAACCCACACAGGGGAGAAGCCAUUUAAAUGCAGGGAGUGUGGAAAGUGCUUCUCUGUAAGCGGUAACCUUACUAGUCAUCAAAUAAUACACACAGGGGAGAAACCAUUUGAAUGCAUGGAAUGUGGAAAGAGCUUCAGUCGAAGGGGUAACCUUACUAAACAUCAAAGAAUACACACAGGGGAGAAACCAUUUGAAUGCAUGGAAUGUGGAAAGUGCUUCAGUGAGAACGGUACCCUUACUGUACAUAAAAGAACACACACAGGAGAGAAGCCAUUUAAAUGCAUCCUGUGUGAAAAGAGCUUCAGUCAGAACUGUGACCUUUCAUCACAUCAAAGAACCCACACAGGGGAGAAGCCAUUUAAAUGCAGGGAGUGUGGAAAGUGCUUCACUGACUCUGGUAGCCUCGCUAAACAUCAAAGAACCCACACGGGGGAGAAACCAUUUAAAUGCAUGGAGUGUGGAAAGAGCUUCAGUGAGGGGCGUAAGCUUACAUUACAUCAAAGAAUCCACACUGGGGAGAAACCAUUUAAAUGCAUGGAUUGUGGAAAAAGCUUUAGGAUGAACUCUGAGCUUACCACUCAUAAAAGAAUCCACACAGGGGAGAAGCCAUUUAAAUGCAGGGAGUGUGGACAGAGCUUCAGGGUAAGCAAUAGCCUUACUUUACAUCAUAGAACACACACGGGGGAGAAACCAUUUAAAUGCAUGGAGUGUGGACAGAGCUUCAGUGUACGGGGUAACCUUACUAGUCAUCAAAGAAGACACACAGGGGAGAAACCAUUUAAAUGCAUGGAGUGUGGACAGAACUUCAGUCAAAGGGGUAACCUUACUAUUCAUCAAAGAACACACACGGGGGAGAAACCAUUUAAAUGCAUGGAGUGUGGACAGAACUUCAGCGCACGGAGUAACCUUACUAUUCAUCAAAGAACACACACGGGGGAGAAACCAUUUAAAUGCAUGGAGUGUGGAAAGACCUUCAGCGUAAGCAGUAGCCUUACUUUACAUCAUAGAACACACACGGGGGAGAAACCAUUUAAAUGCAUGGAGUGUGGAAAGACCUUCAGUAUAAGCAGAAGCCUUACUUUACAUCAUAGAACACACACUGGGGAGAAACCAUUUAAAUGCAUGGAGUGUGGAAAGACCUUCAGCGUAAGCAGUAGCCUUACUUUACAUCAUAGAACACACACAGGGGAGAAACCAUUUAAAUGCAUGGAGUGUGGAAAGACCUUCAGUAUAAGAAGAAGCCUUACUUUACAUCAUAGAACACACACGGGGGAGAAACCAUUUAAAUGCAUGGAGUGUGGAAAGACCUUCAGCGUAAGCAGUAGCCUUACUUUACAUCAUAGAACACACACGGGGGAGAAACCAUUUAAAUGCAUGGAGUGUGGAAAGACCUUCAGUAUAAGCAGAAGCCUUACUUUACAUCAUAGAACACACAUGGGGGAGAAACCAUUUAAAUGCAUGGAGUGUGGACAGAACUUCAGUCAAAAGGGUAACCUUACUAGUCAUCAAAGAACGCACACGGGAGAAACCAUUUAAAUGCAUGGAGUGGGAAAAAGCUUCUCUCUAAGCGGUAACCUUACUAAGCAUCAAAGAAUACACACAGGGGAGAAACCAUUUAAAUGCAUGGAGUGUAGAAAUACCUUCAGUAUAAGCAGAAGCCUUACUUUACAUCAAAGAAUGCACACAAGGGAGAAACCAUUUUAAUGCAGUGAGUGUGGGAACAGUUUUAGUGUAAGGAGUAACCUUACUAGUCCUCAAAGAAUACACAUUUAAAGUAACCCAUCUGCUCCUGGCACCUUUCCUAAUUUAAUUUUGUUUAUAGCUUCAGAUAUCUCUCUUGACGUGAUAGGGCCAUUAAUAGCUUGUCUCUGAAAGUCUGUAAUUUUAGGCAAAUUCUGUUUAGAUAUAUACUCUUCUAUUUUUUCAGAUGGAAUUUCCUGACACUUGUACAAUGUUGAAUAAUAUUGAUGAAAAAUCUUUUUGAUUUUUACAUUAUCUGUCAGCGUCUCAUCUCCUUGUAUCUUUAAAAUAAUAUUUUUUGACGUUCUUUUCUUAAUUUAUAUGCUAACCAUUUCCCUGG